AUGUAUCAAGAUGCAGGCUAUGGUCAAAACUGGCAGCCAAGAACGAAUAAUGCUAGACGUAUCGAUCCGUAUACGCGAUCGAUAAAAGUGUUAGGUGUGCUCUUUGCUGUCGGCUUCGUUCUAAUUGUUAUUAUUGUACUUUCCUUAAUUCCUCUCUAUAUAUCUCAGAAUUCCACAUCUGCGAGCAGCAGUGUUCAAGUGCCAAAAGUGUCGAUGAGUGAUUACAAUCUACGAUUCCAGCCCCCUGCUGAUAAUUUCGACUCACAGACGGUUCUGUCCGACUUAAACAAUCGACAAACGUUGCAAGCAGCACUGACAUCGUUGAUUCAAGUAGACUCAACGAUAGCCGGUUCGAUAGUGGAAAUCAAUACAUCAGUUAAAUCAUCAUCGAGAAGAAAACGUCGACGACAAUCGUCAGCAUUGUCAAGCAUUUCAUUCGAAUUGAAUGUUAUCAGUAGUAAAAGCUGCACCUCAACAAUGUGUCUAACUCAAUUUCAAACCCGUGCUGUUAGUUGUUUAACAAAUGUUCGUCAAGUGCUGUCCAGUAUUCGUUAUCAACAGCCGAAUACGACAACAAUCUAUUGGCUGGAUUAUAAACUACCACAAACAGUUAAAGCGAAUUCGACAUUUGUCACCGUUGACCCAAAGUUUAUGUCAUCGAUGUUGAGUACAUUGUUAGAAUUAGACGAAAGUCAAAAUCGAGCAACGAAUACAACUUCGACAGCAACAACAACAACGACAACAACGACAACGACGACGACGACGACGACGACGAUGGUCGCUUCCUAA